GUAGUGCAAAUCUUAAUUUCGAUAUAAGCAGCCGUGUUGAUUAAUUUACAAGAAAACUUGUUUAAUUUAGUUCUUUGGAAGAGUUCAUCAUGAAUAAAGGUGUGCUUUUAUUAUUGUUUACGUUGGUUUUAUUGGCGCUUACAGAUGCUAGGUCUUGUUCCACGGGACAGAAAAAAUCGUCAUGUGGUAGCAAUGAGGACAGAGGCAAGGAUGAUUCAUCGUCUUCAUCUUCAUCAUCAUCAUCAUCAUCUGAGGAAGAUGAUGGCAAAAAGAGUCACGGCAGAAAGAAGACUAAUUGUGUAGACUCAUCAUCCUCUUCCUCGUCUUCAUCAUCAGAAGAAGACGAUAAAUGUGGCCGCGGUAAAGAUGAUUCUUCAUCUUCUUCAUCGUCAUCAUCAUCAGAAGAAGAUGACAAUGAAAAAUGUAAUAACAACAAGAAUGAAUCUUCCCAUCCUCAUAAAAAAGGAAAACAUUUCAAGAGUUAAUUUUUUGUAAGCAGCUGCAGAACCAAAAAUGAGAAGAUGAUCAAGAUGUCUAUUAAAUUAUCUUGAAUCUUUAUGAAAAUGUAUCGUUUAGAGUAUAUUUCUUUAACCUUUAUAUAAACUUAAAGG